UUUCAUUUAAUGCUGACAGAAAUGAAUAUCAGCAUGCAAAAACAAAAAUGAAUAUAGAAAUCCAGGAUAUGCAUGUGGUUAGACCUCUUAAGUUUCAGCAAUCAGGAGGCAGAGGCAGGCAGAUCUCUGUGAGUUUGAGGCCAGCUUAGUCUGCAAAAAUGUUCCAGGACACUCAGGUUUUUACAAUGAGAUCCUGUCUCAAAUAAAAUAAAUAUAGAGUUGAUAUAUGUAGUUCAGUUCUUAAGAGUGUUUGCCUAACAUACAUGAAGCCCUGGGGUCAACUUGAGGAAUAGCCAAAAAAGGCUAUAUGCAGACUUCACACACAGAGCAAUUAAGUUUUAAAUGCAUUGCCAACUUAAAAUGGGCCACCGUGUUAUGUGUAAAAUAUAAAACGUUAAAACUCCUAGAAGAUAGCAAAAGGUAACCUAGAUGACUUCAGGUAUGAUGAUGAUCUAUAAAAGGAACAAUUAGUAAACUGGGCUUCAUUAAAACAUAAACCUUAUGCUCUACAAAAGACACUGUCAGGAAAAAUAAAAAGAAAAUAUACUUACAAAUUAUUAGAUAAAAGAUUAUCAGGCCAAAUAUAGAAGUACUUGAUUUAAAAAUGGCUAAAGGGGUGGGAGGUAGUGGAACACACCUUUAAUCCCAGUAUUCAGGAGGCAGAGGCAGGCGGAUCUCUGUGAGUUCGAGGCCAACCUGGUCUACAAAAGCUAGUUCCAGUUACAGGAAUCACAGUGGCGAUCGGAGUCUUACUAAAGCACAAUCAUGUCUAUUAUGUCCUACAAGGGAUGGGCCGUCAUGGCCAUGAAGGGAAAGAACUGUGUGGUCAUCGCCGCGGACAGGCGUUUCAGGAUCCAGGCCCAGAUGUUGACAACAGACUUCCAGAAGAUCUUUCCCAUGGAUGACAGGCUGUACAUAGGCUUGUCCGGGCUGGCCACCGAAUUCCAGACAGUUGCCCAGCGCCUCAAGUUCCGGCUGAACCUGUAUGAGCUGAAGGAAGGUCGGCAGAUCAAGCCCUACACCCUCAUGAGCAUGGUGGCCAACCUCUUGUAUGAGAAACGGUUUGGUCCCUACUACACAGAGCCUGUCAUUGCCGGGUUGGACCCGAAGACCUUUAAGCCCUUCAUUUGCUCUCUAGACCUCAUUGGCUGCCCCAUGGUAACUGACGACUUUGUGGUUAGUGGUACCUGCUCCAAACAAAUGUAUGGGAUGUGCAAGUCUCUCUGGGAGCCCAACAUGGAUCCAGAACACCUGUUUGAGACCAUUUCCCAAGCCAUGCUGGAUGCUGUGGACCGGGAUGCUGUCUUAGGCAUGGGCGUCAUUGUCCACAUCAUUGAAAAGGACAAGAUCAGCACCAGGACACUGAAGGCCCGGAUGGACUAACCCUGCACUCUGGUC